AUGCCGACGUUCGAUUCCGCCUCUGCCAUCGUCGGCGGCGCGGCGACGAGGCACCUGCUCCACGUCGAUCGCUACUCGCUGAGAAAGGAGCUCCCCAAUGGCCAGUGCGUCAAGUUUCCUUUUUUCACCGUCGGCGAUUGCUUCUGGUGCAUCUGGUACUUCCCCAAUGGCGCUCGUUCCUCCUGCGCCGACUACAUAUCAAUCUUCAUCGCUCUCGACGACAGAGUCGCCAAGCCUGUCAAGGCACAAGCCAGGUUUACUUUGCUCGAUCAGGCGGGGAAACCGGUGCCAGGUCACUCCGUAUGCACAGACGAAAGAGAGUACUCUGCGGUUGGCGACCGGGACGGUUGCGACGCUUUCAUCAAGAAGGAGUUUCUGGAGGCGUCGGAGCAUCUCGUGGCCGACCGCUUCACAAUCAGUUGUGAUGUCUCCGUUUCUAACACAUUCCGCACGGAGAACAGAGCAACGCCGCCGUCUGACCUGCAACGUCAUCUCGGCGACCUCCUCGUGGACAAAGAAGGCGCCGAUGUCACGUUCCAAGUCGCCGGUGAGACGUUCAGCGCGCACAGGUGUGUUCUUGCAGCUCGGUCGCCAGUCUUCAAGGGCGAGCUCUUUGACGCGACAAGAGAGGGCACUGCCACAGGGCUUUUCCUGCGGAUUGAUAAUAUGGAGGCUCAGGUGUUCAAGACCCUGCUACAUUUCAUAUACACCGAUUCAUUACCGGAUAUGGCGGGGCAAGAAGAGUCUAUGAUGGCUGAGCAUUUGCUGGUAGCGGCGGACAGAUACGACAUGCAGAGGCUGAAGCUGAUUUGUGAGGAGAAACUGAGCAGAGAUAUAAACGAGAACACGGCUGCAAAAAUGUUGAGGUUGGCUGUACAACGCCGCUGCCAGAUGCUCAGGGAGGCUUGCAUCGAGUUCCUUAAAUAUCCUCCUGCACUGGAAGCGGUCAUGGCAACCGAUGAUGGCUUAUUUGAGCAUGUGGCAAAAAGCUGCCCUGUGCUUUUGAAGGAGUUGUGGGCUGAUUGGUUUGAAGACGACUCCAUCCAAGACGAGUUGGUCACGUGCUUAUGA